AUGGAAUAUAUUUUAUGGAAUCAUAAGGAAUUUGACAUAAUAUAUAAUUGUACAGAAAUUAAUGUUGAUGAUAUUCCAAUUGAACAAAGAAGUUAUCCAAUAGCUGCAAUUAUCUGUAUAAUACUUGGCUGUAUAUAUUAUCCUUUAUAUUUCCCUUGUCUUUACUCUUUUUGGAAGAAUAGAGCCAAAAAUCCGUGUUAUAUACUUUUAAUUUAUCUUUCAAUUUUGGAUAUUUCCUUUCUUUGGAUUCCAACUUUUGUUUUUGGAAUUUUAAGUUUAAAUGGUGUAGUUUAUUGCUCUUCACCUUUCGCAGAAUAUUUUUUGGAUGUGUUAUUUUAUUUAAGUUUUAUUUUAUUUAAAUAAGUCCAUAUCUCGAACUAACUAAGUCCAUAUCUCAAACUAACGUGGUCGAAAGAGACGAUCUCAAAAAACGCGUUUUUCCUAUCAAUUCCAUCAAAUACCAUGUUUAAAUGCAAUCCAUCUCUGAUUUGGAGACCAGAUCUCCCCUAUAAAUUCUCUGAUAUCC